UCCCCUGAUUAUUGAGUAAACACACCUGUGUAGGUUGACCUGCUUAUUUAGUAUUUAAGCCCGGGCUGUAGGAAGAAUCGGUGCGAGAUGCAAAAAUGCUACAAUUCAUCUACAGUGAAUCACUCCAGCAAGCAAACUCAUAACUUUGAGGCACUGAGGUUGGCCCAGUUGGAUGGACCAGACUGUCUUUCAAUAAGAACUUCCCAUUCGAAGUUAGAGCCCAUUGAAUUUAAAAAAGCUGACUCUGCGUCAAUCAGAACUGCAUCAUCAGUGCUUGAACCUGGAACAAUGACAGAAGACAUUUCCAUCUCUCAGUGGAAUCACUCUAUUGGUUCCACUACUUCUAUCUCAUCCAUGGAUACAGAAGUAGAACUGCAACAUUCACAUAAAUGUAGGCUAAAGGAAAAGUUCCAGUGCAUUUACAGCAAUGUGCCAGGGCAAGGUUGCCCGAUGUUCCUGAAUGAAAUUUACACCGAGCUCUACAUCACUGAGAGUGAUAGUGGUAACAUCAAUAAGGAACACGAGGUGAGACAGAUUGAAAUAAUGUCCAGGACACAAACAGUAGAAAUACCCAUCAAAUGCAAUGACAUCUUCAGGCGCUCCCAUGAACACAGCAAACCCGCUCGGAGUGUCCUUACAAAGGGUGUUGCUGGCAUUGGAAAAACUGUUUCUGUCCAGAAAUUUGUCAUGGACUGGGCUGAAGGAAGAGCGAAUCAAGAAAUAGAGUUUGUUUAUCCGCUAGCAUUCCGUGAACUGAACCUGUUAAAAGAAAAGCAGUUCAGCUUGGUUGAGCUUCUUUACUAUUUCAAAUUGGAGACCCCUCAAGGAAGAAACCUUCAGAAUUACAAAGUUCUCUUCAUCUUUGAUGGACUGGACGAGUGCCGCUUUCCUCUGGACUUUCAGAACAAUGAGAGAAAGUUUGACCAAAUAGAGCGAGUAUGUCUAGAUGCUGUAUUGACAAACCUAAUCAGUGGGAACCUUCUUCCAGAUGCCCUUAUCUGGAUAACAACCCGUCCAGCAGCAGCCAGUCAGAUCCCUCCUCGUUAUGUUGACCUGGUAACUGAGGUACGUGGUUUUAACAACCCUCAGAAAGUCGAGUACCUCAAGAAGAGAAUAAGUGACCAGAGUCUGGCUCACAGAGUCAUCACACAUGUCAAGUCCUCAAGGAGCCUCUUCAUCAUGUGCCACAUCCCAGUCUUCUGCUGGCUUUCAGCCACCGUUCUGGAAAGAAUGUUAGGUGACUCAGAUGGUGAAGAAAUUCCCAAGACGUUGACUCAAAUGUACAUGCACUUCCUGCUGAUCCAGAUGAAAGUUAAAAAUGACAGAUACUCUGAAAAACAUCAGGCUGAUGAGAAAGGCAUGAUUCUGAAGUUGGGCAAACUAGCCUUCCAACAGCUACAGAAGGGCAACCUGAUAUUCUAUGAGGAAGAUCUAGGAGCUUGUGAUAUUGACCUCAAGGAGGCAGUGGUCUACUCAGGUGUCUGCUCGCAAAUCUUUAGGGAAGAAUGUGCACUGACUCAGGGUAAAGUCUACUGCUUUGUACACCUGAGCAUCCAAGAGUUUCUCGCAGCUAUAUAUGUGUUUUUCAUGUGCAAAGUCCAGAACUUGAAUGUUCUUGAUCAGAAAAGCUGCACUGGAGCUGAUUCUAACCUGGAUGUGCUGUAUGACUUGCACAGGAGCGCCAUAGACAGGGCCUUACAGAGUGAAAAUGGCCACCUGGAUCUCUUCCUCCGUUUCCUUAUGGGCCUUUCUCUGGAGUCCAACCAGACCCUCCUCCAAAGCCUGGUGAGACGUAGCUUUGGACACAACUAUCAAAGCACAGAAGCAACAGUGGAUUACAUCAAGAAGAAUAUUGAGGAGAACUCCUCAACUGAGAAGUCUAUCAAUCUGUUCUACUGUCUGAAUGAACUGAAUGAGCUCUCUUUAGUGAAGGACAUCCAAAAAUACCUGAGCUCUGAGCGUUUCUCCAAACUCUCCCUGGCUCAAUGGUCAGCUCUGGUGUUCAUGUUACUGACGUCAGAAGAAAAACUGGAUGUGUUUGAUCUCAAGAAAUACAGCAGGUCAGAUGAAGGUCUCUUGAGACUGAUGUUAGUGGUCAAAGCUUCAGAAAUUGCUCUGCUGGAUAACUGUGGCCUCACUGAGAGAUGCUGUAAAGCACUGGGCUCUGCAGUCUCUACCUCCUCAAGCCUGCGAGAGCUGGAUUUGAGUAGUAACUCCAUUGGAGACACAGGAUUGAGGCUUUUUGCAGAUGGACUGGGAAACUCAGAGAGUAAAUUAGAGAAACUCAGGCUCUCCUACUGUAGAAUCACACCACAAGGCUGCUCUAUUCUGGCCUCAGAGCUUAUUCCAAAACUUCCACACCUAAAAGAACUAGACCUGAGUGAGAACAGUCUGAGAGAGGCUGGAAUCCAGAUACUCGCUACUAAGCUGAAGAAUCCACAAUGCAAACUGGAGAUACUGAAACUGAAGGACUGCAGAGUCACUCCUAAUGGAAGUUUUGCACUAGCCUCAGCUCUGAGGUCCAACCCCUCACACCUUAGAGAGCUGGACCUACACUGGAACAACCCAGGAGACGAAGGGGUGGAGCAGCUUGUGGCUGUUAUGGAGAAUCCAGUCUGUAAGCUUGAAGUAUUAUGGCUAAGUUAUGGUUUGCUUACUCAGAGGUGCUGUGAGGCGCUUGCUUCAGCCUUCAGGUACCGCUCUGCUAGUCUGAAAGCAGUGGACCUGAGUGGAAACUCCAUACGAAACGCAGGAGUGGAGCUGCUCUCUGCUGGGAUUAGAAGUCCACACUGCAAACUGGAGAUACUGAGGUUGGCAUCUUGUGGGAUCACAGAGGAAGGAGCUGCUGCUUUGGCUAAUGCACUUGCUGCAAAUCCCACAACGCUCAGAGAGCUGGACCUGAGUCAGAAUCACAUCCAGGAUUCUGGACUGAAAGUGCUCUCUCAGGCAAUGAAGAACUUCACUUGCAAACUUCAGACAUUAAGGCUGAGAGAGAGUGGAAUUAUGGAAGAGGGCUGUUCUGCCCUCGCAUCAGCCCUAAUCUCAAAUCCCACUUAUUUGAGAGACCUGAAUCUGGGUAUCAACAACUUAACAGAUGCAGGAAUUAAGACUUUUUCUGCUGUGCUGAAGGAUGGCAGGAGUGGAAUUGUUCAACUGGAGCUAAAUCAGUGUGGCUUGACUGGAGAAUGCUGUGAUGUGCUGGCCUCUACACUAAGCAAAGAGGCUUCAUGUCUGAGGGAACUGAACCUGGGAGGAAAUAACCUGCAGGAUUCAGGAGUGGAGACUCUUUGUGCUGGAUUAGAGAAUCCACACUGCAAACUGGAGAUUCUGAGACUGUUCAACUGCGGGGUCACAGAGAAAUGCAGCACAACUUUAGCAUCAGCUUUAAAAGACAAACACACAGUCCUAAGAGAACUGGACCUUAGAGAAAACAACCUUAGAGACACUGACAUAAGGCAGAUUUCAGCCUUACUGGAAAAUCCAAACUGUAAACUAGAGAAAAUUAACUUGUACUGAACCCCCCGCAACAUACAUGUGCACACAAAAAAGCAUGAGCUGUGCACACUGAGGAGCAGAAAUACAAACCAAAAUCCUUCCUCCAGUAUUCUUAUUUAUUGAACAUAUUUAAUAUUAUUGCAAUUCUAUAUAUUUAUGUUUAGGGCUAUUGUCAUAGUUUCUAUGCUGCCCAGAUGUCUUGACUUUAAUCUUACAGAAUAGACUGUCUAAAAAAAAAAGUCACAUUAAUUGUGAAUUACAGUGCUCAUACAUUCAAAAACAUUUUCUAGAGCUCCACUGAGAACAUUUGCAUAUUAUUAUAUGCCAAAAACAGUCCUAAACAUUUAUUGUUCUAUGACAAUCAGACUGUUUUGUUACUAUACUUUUAAGACUUUUACUACUUUUAAGAUUUCCAAUUGGCUGCUCUCAUACAAAAAGCAAUCCUAGCAGAAACACUCCUAAAAGUUCAACCUGAAUGGGUGUGAAUAAACUGAUAUAGAAAAGGCAGAUAAAUUGUUGGUUUUCAUGACACUGUAAAAGCAAUGAAUUCAAAAUGGGCUGCUUUUAGAGUAAAGUUUUCAUAUUUUAACUGUAUGGACUAGACAGUGAACGCUACACUUUGAAACUUUAACAAUGUUUAAAUAUUAUGUAAUAUUAAGAAGUGAGGAAAACUGAGUAAUGGUAACGGCCCUUUAGAUCAACAUGUUUUAGACAGUACAGUUAGCUGGGACUAAUAUACAUAAUACCAGCUAGAUUCAUGAAGGUCAAUAAUUGCAGAUAUUAUAUUACAGACACACAUACUAAUUUAAGGAAUUAAUAAAAUGUGUUAUUACAUUGUUCCUAAAUGUAAGGAUGAACUUUAUGUUGAGGUAACAAAGUCAUUGUAGACUGACUCUAUAUGACUGUGUGGCAUUUCUACAGCAAUUUGUUUUGGGUGUAUUUGGUUUGUAGUGUAUUUAAUAAAUACAUGAAGUGUUGGUACAAUACAAAUAAAGACACAAAGCACUGAC